UCGCCCAGCGACAACAGCAACAUCAGCACGGCAACAGUGUCAAGUGCGCAGGAGCAGCAAAUAAACAGUCGCAAAUAAGCAGUAUAAACAACGAGCAAACGACGCACAAUGGAUCACAAUAUGCACGUGAACGCGCCGUCGCUGCACCACUGGGGCUAUGCCACCGGGCCAGGAGUGGUGAUGCCGGGCGCCACCGCCACCACCCCCCAGAGCCACUGGGUACCGCCGCCGCAGAGCCACCACAGCGCCCACAGCAACCACAGUCACGGUCAGGGACACAGCCACGGACACAACAGCCUGAAGCGGACGCUCUCCGAGAGCGACUGCGACGAUCUCUACUCCGAGGAGUCCUCCAAAGAACAAAUCUCGCCCAGCGAACCGGGCAGCUGCCAACUGAUGAGUCGCAAGAAGCGUCGCGGAGUGAUCGAGAAGAAGCGUCGAGAUCGCAUCAACUCCUCGCUCACCGAACUCAAACGCCUGGUGCCCUCCGCCUAUGAAAAGCAGGGAUCUGCCAAGCUGGAGAAGGCGGAGAUCCUGCAACUAACUGUGGAGCAUCUGAAGAACUUGCAAUCCAAAACUCUCGACUCGCUGAGCUAUGACCCGCAGCGGGUGGCCAUGGACUAUCACAUCAUCGGCUUCCGCGAGUGCGCCGCCGAGGUGGCCCGUUACCUGGUCACCAUCGAGGGCAUGGACAUCCAGGAUCCGCUGCGCCUGCGCCUCAUGUCCCACCUGCAGUACUUUGUCCAGCAGCGCGAGCUGUCGGCCAAGAGUUGCGCCAGUCCUGUUGGCGGCUGGACACCCGCCCCUUCCAGUUCUUCGGGCUAUCAACCGAACUGUGCGGCAGCUCCCUAUCAGAGCUACGCGGCGCCUUCGAAUCCGGCUGCCUAUGUGUCCAGCUAUCCCACGCUGAGUGCCUCGCCUUCCCAGCAGACCAGCCAGCAACAACUGGGCGGACGAACCAGUGUCUCGCGGACAAGUGGAACGGGAGUGAAUGAAUCCCUGCCCACCCACGAUAUUCACUCCGAGAGCAGCAAUCAGCAGCAACAGCAACAGCAACAGCAACAGCAGCAACAACACCAGCAGCAACAUCAGCAGCAGCAGCAACAGCAACGCACGCAGACAACACCUCAACCGGCACAGCAGCAACACUACACCCACGAUCACAGCGCAGUGCAUCCCGAGCAGCAGAUACCCACCUAUAUAGAACUGACCAACAGUAAUCGACCAGCGGCCGUUGGUUCCGAGAGCCUCAGCUACAGUGCCGCCCCUCAGUAUCCCGUUAGCGGUGGCCAGGACUACAACAAUUCCAGCGUCCUGCAAUAUGCCACGCCCAACGGAGCCAAACCCUAUCGACCCUGGGGCGCCGAGAUGGCCUAUUAAGCGAUAGAACUUCAAGUUGAAAAAUGGAAUUCAGAACAGGAUCUCUAGUCAGAGCAGACCAAGUGUGAUAGUCUUAAGUUUCGCAUCCUACACAGAGAGAAAAAGAGAGAAACAAUGCAGUGAGAUUAGCUACGUACCUUAAGCAUUUACACCUAAUUCAUUCAGUAUACUUA